AUGUCUGUCCGCCUCCUCCUCCACAUCUUUCUCUCUCUACAAACCGCCGCUAUUUUCUGUCUCUUCACUUUACCAUUUUUCAUUGCCAUCGUUAGAUCCCAAUCUCAAAUACACCUUACCAUCUCUCUCUCUCUCGACAUGCCAAACACCAAUCGCCGUCGUUAUUCAGACACACGAAUCAACCAUGCCACCGACUCCAACCAUUCACCACCCAAACGCAACCCAAAACUUUUGUCAAUCUUUCUUAAAUUCAUGGUUAUGUCCCUAAUUCUCUCUCUUUUCCUUAUCUUUCUCGGCCUUGCUGCCAUCCUUCUAGUCCACAUCCUCAUUUUCGGCUCCUUCCUUCAUCGCCGCCGGCAACACACCACCCCACCACCCGCCACCUCGUAUUCUCUUCUCUACUUACAGAACAACCUCCCGUCCUUCCAAUACUCCUCCGCCGCCGCUGCUUCCACUGAUUGUUCGAUUUGCUUGGAGUGCUUCAACGAAGAAGACUUGUGUCGUAAGCUACCGGUGUGUAACCACAUCUUUCACGCACACUGUGUGGAUUCAUGGCUUAUGAAAGUACGAACUUGCCCCGUUUGCCGGACACCUGUCCGGCUCGAUGUUGAUCGGUCAUCCGAUUUGAUUGUCAGUGACGAUGACUGUAAAUUCCUUUGGGCAAUUGGUGUAGGUAGUGGUUAA